AUGGAAGAAAUUAACAUGGCGGUUAGAACCGAGGAUCCUAUCACCAUUCACUCGGAGACAAAUGAACUGCUCCAAGAUUUGAAUGAGGCCGACUUGUACAUUAAAUAUAAAAAGCACAUGAGGCACCUCGAGUUUCUCGAGCUUCAGGAAGAAUAUAUAAAGGAUGAGCAAAAAAAUCUCAAACGGGAAUUGAUCCGGGCUCAGGAAGAGGUCAAGCGUAUUCAGUCUGUGCCGUUGGUCAUCGGACAAUUCUUAGAGCCGAUUGACCAGCACACAGGAAUUGUUGGUUCCACGACGGGAUCAAACUACGUCGUUCGGAUUUUAAGCACCAUCGAUCGGGAAUUACUCAAGCCUUCUUCUUCGGUCGCUCUUCACCGUCACUCAAACUCUCUGGUCGAUGUGUUACCACCCGAGGCAGACAGCAGCAUUGCGAUGCUUGGCGCCGAAGAAAAGCCGGACGUGACGUACGCGGACGUGGGUGGCCUCGAUAUUCAGAAGCAAGAGAUUCGGGAAGCAGUGGAGUUGCCGUUGACGCAUUUCGAUUUAUACAAGCAAAUUGGAAUUGAUCCCCCACGUGGGGUUUUGCUGUACGGUCCACCGGGAACAGGGAAAACGAUGCUUGUAAAGGCGGUUGCUCAUCACACCACGGCGUCCUUUAUCCGCGUGGUCGGAUCGGAGUUCGUGCAAAAGUAUUUGGGCGAAGGACCCCGUAUGGUACGUGACGUGUUUCGAUUGGCCCGUGAAAACUCUCCGGCUAUUAUCUUUAUUGAUGAGAUAGAUGCAAUUGCGACCAAACGGUUUGAUGCACAAACAGGCGCGGAUCGUGAAGUGCAGAGAAUCUUGCUGGAGUUAUUGAAUCAGAUGGAUGGAUUUGAUCAGACAUCAAACGUCAAAGUUAUCAUGGCCACGAACAGGGCCGACACUUUGGACCCGGCCCUGCUUAGGCCUGGCCGUCUCGAUCGAAAGAUCGAAUUCCCCACACCCGAUCGGCGCCAAAAACGUUUGAUCUUUUCCACCAUCACCUCGAAUAUGAAUCUUUCGGAAGAGGUGGAUCUCGAGGAUUUCGUAUCACGGCCCGACAAACUUAGCGGUGCGGAAAUUCACGCCAUAUGUCAGGAGGCCGGAAUGCAGGCGGUUCGAAAAAAUCGUUAUGUUAUUCUCAGUAAAGACAUUGAAAAGGGUUAUAAGGCGAACGUUAAGAAAGCCGACACGGACUUUGAGUUUUAUAAAUAA